AUGCUGACUUUGUCCAAUCUGACACAGACGCUGGAAGAUGUCUUCAAGAGAAUUUUUAUUACUUACAUGGACAAUUGGCGCAAGAACACAACAGCUGAGCAAGAGGCCCUGCAAGCCAAACUUGAUGCUGAGAACUUCUACUAUGUCAUCUUGUACCUCAUGGUGAUGAUCGGGAUGUUCUCUUUCAUCAUUGUCGCUAUCCUGGUGAGCACGGUGAAAUCCAAGCGCCAAGAGCACUCCAACGACCCCUACCACCAGUACAUUGUGGAAGAUUGGCAAGAGAAGUACAAGAGUCAAAUUCUGAAUCUAGAAGAAUCAAAGGCCACCAUCCACGAGAACACUGGGGCAGCAGGGUUCAAAACGGCUCCUUGAUAAGCAAGAAGGGCGUAAAGCCAACAGCUGAUACCUGGAUAUGAAGAGAUACCUGUGCCGUGGAGCAAAUCCAA